AUGCGCGGGCAUGGCGUUCAACUUCAACUGGUCGCCACGCGGGCUUUUACACUCGCGCCCAAGAUCUGCUCACUGCCGCGCUCAAUAAAUCCCCCAAAACCGCCCAUCAUCGUCGAUGAUAUUAUCGUGACCGAGCUGAACCUGGGUUCUAUGCCCCCCGACUUGGAGAUUUUGGAGAUCGGUGACCUGGCCGAGGAUCGCUUUCGCGGCAUCUUUAAGAUGUCUUAUUCCGGCGACGCUUUCUUGACCCUCAAGACCCGCGUUCAAGCCAACCCACUCAACACAUACCUCCUCACAAGGCCUGCAUUUGCAUCGCCGAAGCCUCUAGCUGCUGCAACUCCCCUCACCAUCCCUCUCCAAAUUACUCUCUCUGAUUUCAAACUCUCCGGCUUCGUGAUCCUCGUCUUCUCCAAACAAAAGGGCAUCACCGUCGUCUUUCGCAAUGAUCCCCUCGAGUCCCUCAAGGUCUCGUCGACGUUCGAUUCGAUCCCAUUCAAAUCGAAGCUCAACUUCGCAUCCUGUUUAUGGACGAGCUCCCCUGCCAUCAUCCACCGAUUGUCGCUUCGCCUGUGGGUUCCCGAAUAUCGCGCUGGGGAAGACAUCAAGACUCAGGAUGACAACACGGAACCCGCUACUGAGGGUCCCGGCCAAGACCCAUUGGCAAGCCCCCCGCAGGACCCCGUUGAUGCGAUGGGAAAUGCCUUGAAUGAAUCGGAAAUCGCGUCGCUCUCCUUGGACUCAUCCGUCGAGACCCAUUCGCUGUUUUCGCAGAAGAACCUCCUCCGUCUCGCCGCGCUGACAGAUUCCCAGCGGACGCUGUCGCUCUUUACCCCCUCCAUCCAAGAAGUCGUGUAUCGCGCAUGGACAUCGCCCGUUGACCCCAGCGAAGCCGCCGCGAGCAUCGUUUCCCCCCUCAGCCCGACGCUCUCCCGAACGCAUUCGCAAAUCGGCAGUAUGGUCCCGUCAGUUCACGAGACCGCUAGCGUCGCCUCUUCGCUCAGCCGCCCUUCUUUAUCCUCUGCACACUCAUUCAGCAGCUAUGGAUUGACUUUGGGAACAGGACGUCAUUCCAAGGCUCACUCCCGUAGGCGAAAGAAGCGUGUGGUGGAUCUGCGUCGACCCAAGACGACCGAUGACGCCAUGAGCGUGAGCGACGACAGUGCCUUGACAGAAUCCUCGAGCCCGCCAUCCAUAUACUCUGCACCGUUGCCCGUCGUGAAUGAACAGUCCGACGACCCAGUGACCCCACCUUUGUCCCCUGAGACCGACUCUCAAUUGCCGAUGAUUCCAGAGCGCUAUCGGACUAGCAUAUCGCGACCGACCCUUCGGCGCAGCACUUUGACUCGCGAACCCGAAGAUCCAUCCUACUCCAUCGAGACCAUCCGUCCUCCCAAGGCAAAUGAUGUGGAGGCAACUCCGCGUGCUACUGUGCGUGAUUAUCAAAACGAAAAGGCCGAAGCGGGUCCCUCAUCAGGCACCGCCCGGCCCCCAUUGCCUGCUACCAUUCUUCCAUUCACCACGGAAGACAACUCAACCGGUGACGCUGUCGAUCCCUUCCUGGUCGAACGUCUGGCUGGCGAAAUUGCCCGUCGAAUUCGGGACGAGAAACUCAUGGCAAACAACGCCUGCAGCAACUUCUGGUCUCGCGCCCAGGACGACGCACCUCCCCCGGCUUACGGCCACUAA